AUGUGGCAGCCAUUUGAUGGAUCUAGACUUGGAGAUAUCUUGGAUGACUUUCUGCGACAAAGAUUCGGGCCAGAUUCUUAUGAACGUGUUGAUGGAGUGGUCAGUUCAAAGAAGAAGCAAGCUGCCAUGAACAUGUUUAACAGUAAGGAGAGAGGGAGAUUUGUGUUUCUAUUAGAAAGCCGUGCUUGCCAUACAAGCAUUAAACUUUCAUCAGUGGAUGCUAUUAUUUUAUUUGAUAGUGAUUGGAACCCGCUGAUUGAUUUAAGAGGCCUGCAGAGAAUCCAUAUUGAUUCACAGUUUGAACAGCUAAAAGUAUUUCGUUUCUAUACACCUUGUACUGUUGAAGAAAAGAUUCUAAAUCUUGCAAAGCAAGAUAUGUAUCUUGAUAGCAGUAUACAGAAUAUAAACCGUAGUCAUUGUCAUAUGCUACUUAUUUGGGGUGCCUCCUAUCUGUUCAGUAAAUUGAGUGAUUUCCAUGGUGGUGAUACCUCAGCAUCAGGCUUAAACAAUUUGUCCAAUGAGGCAUUUAUGAAUGAUGUAGUGAAGGAAUUGUUGACAUGUGUACCUCAAAAUGCUGAAAACAACAAUAAAAGCAUCUGCUCAUUAAUUUCUAAGGUUAAACAGAGUGGUGCAAUCUAUUCAAGGGAUAUUCCUUUACUUGGGGAGAGUAAAAUGCAGCUGAGGGAGGAAGAACCAUCCCAUGUUUUUUGGACAAAAUUACUGCAGGGAAGAUAUCCUCGGUGGAGAUAUUUGUCUGGAGUUUCUCAUAGGGUCCGAAAAAGAGUUCAGUAUUUUGACGAGUCACCAAGAAAAUCCAAUGUCGAGUGUCAAGAAGUUAUAAAUAAGCGCAAGAAGGUAACUGACAUAACCACCGAUCCAACCUCUCUCAAGCCAUGGCAAGAAGACAAAAGAAAAGUACUUCUUGGGGGUAAGGAAGGAACAUCUGGAACUCAAGCUGGCAACAGGUCUCAAUCCUUGCCAAGGUCAGCAGUUAAUAUGGGUGACAUAAAUCAUGUGCCCUUUAUAACAAAUGAAAUCUCAGGUGUAUCUGAAGGCCACUUGAUUGAAUCUGAGGAAAGCAGAAAACUACGUGAGGCCCAGAAGAGUCUUCAUCUCUUGUUGAAGCCGGAGAUUUCAAAACUCUGUGAAAUCCUAAGACUUCCUGGGUACAUCAAGGGAAUGGCUUUAAGGUUUCUGGACUAUAUAAUGAAAAAUCAUCUUGUCAAUAGAGAACCAGUGGCCAUAUUACAUGCUUUUCAGAUCUCUGUGUGUUGGACAGCUGCGUCUUUGUUGAAACACAAGAUCAGUCACAAGGAAUCACUUGCACAUGCAAAACAUCAUUUGAAUUUUGAAUGCAAGGAGGAAGAGGCUGAAUUUAUCUAUUCAAAAUUGCGGAUGCUGAAGAAAAUGUUUCAUCGUCGUAUAGAAACUUCUAUGGAGUUGAAAUCUCCUGAAGAUAGUUCACCUAGAGUCAAAGAUGUUUCAAAAAUUCUUCCGGAUGCAAGCUCUUCACAAUCAAUGGCGUCUGCCCAGGAAGAGUUGGAAGAAGGAGAGAUCAGAGAGAUCCCUCAGUCUCAUAAUUUUCCUGUACAUAUUCCUGUCAAGCAGGAGCGGGUAACUGAUUCUGAUAAAACCAGUUCGUCAAAGCAGAAUGAUUUCUCCGAAUUCGAGAAAAUAUGUAUCAAGAGGUUCAAUAAGCUCCUCCAAAAGCAACAGGAGGAAGUUCAGAAAUUUCAUGAAAUUAGGGAAAAGGAAAAAGCAAAGCUGGAUAAAGAGCUAAUGUUGGAGUUGGCUUUUAUCCGCACGGUACAUAAACAUACCUCCAUUAGAUUAGAUAAGAUGAAGACAGCAGAGCAAGACCAUGCAAAGAAGAUAGAAGCACACAAUCAGGGUUGGGAAGUGCUUAAGAAAAACUUUGAGUCUUUGCAGCUGAUGGCAAGGAAGGAGGAGAGGCGGACGAAGGCUCAUUGGUUGGAGCAAGCUAUAUCUGGGAAAUCAGUUGAGCCAUUUGCUAAGCUUCCUUUGCCAGAUUCUUGGUUCAGGUUGGAACAAAUGAUGGGUGGUGAGCUAGGUGCCGCUGGGCUUUCUUCAGAAAGACCAGAUCCUAACAUGAGUUUUCCAAUCAAGCCAGGUGAGGUUCUACUGUCUAAAAUAACUAAAACUAUUCCAAGUGAAGCCGCAGAGGGCAGUGUAAUGGAUGCUACCCUUGACAUGCAUCCUAAUAGAGAGGACAGAAUGGAUGCUACUGUUACCUUGCAGUCUGAUGGGGAUGGCAACAGACUGGAUACUAUGCUUGACAUGCAGACUAACAGAGAGGAUGAUGGGAUGGAUGUUAGUGUUGCCAUGCAAUCUAAUGGAAACAGUGACAGAAUGGAUACUAUGCUUGACUUGCAGCCUAAUAGAGAGGAUGAUGGAAAUCAUGGAAUGGAUGCUAAUGUUUCCAUGCAGUCUAAUGGUGACAGCAACAGAUUGGACUCUACCCUUAACUUGCAGCCUAACAGGGAGGAUGACCGAGUUGAUGCUGGUAGUCUUGACAUGCAGUCUAAUGUAGAUGACUGUAGACUGGAUGGUACAAUUGCCAUGCAUUCUGGUAGAGAUGACAAUGGAGUAGAUACAACAGUUGCCAUGCAACAGCCUCAUAGAGGCAGCAAUGGAAUGGAUACUACUUGUGGCAUGCAGUCUUGUAGAGAUGAAAAUGCAAUGGAUGUUACAGCCCCAGAAAGGGAAACUCUUGCUGGAGAUGAGCAGCACAAUAGGGCAGACAGUUCCAACAGUGUAGAUUUGCGUUCAUUGGAGCCGACUCAGAUAGAUUCUACCCGGAACAGUUCAUUACCAUUGGAUGAGGUACUUCGUGUUGAGCAUUGUGAGCCACCCACAUCACCUGCAGCACAAGAUGAGGCUGUGUCAAGUUGUGAAAUGCAAAAUACUCCUGAACAAGUCCAGGUUCCAUUGCUGCACCCGGCUAAUGUUUUACCUUCUGAUGGACCUAAUCAUGAUACCUCUGUUACGGAACCCGUUCAGCAAUUCCCACUGCUUGUGGACCUAUGA